GUAACUAACUCCCUUCAGUACUAGCUAGAUGUUAGGAAGUGAUAAUAACUAACUCCCCCCAGUACUAGCUUGAUGUUAGGAAGUGAUACACUUCUCGACCAUCUGGUCGUAGACACUGGGCCUCUUAUUCGCAACAUAAAGUUUGAUAAAUUAGCUCAGAGAUUAGUUACGACUCGGGGAGUGCUGCAGGAAGUCAAAGAUGCUUUCACCAGACAGAAACUAGAAUUGCUUCCAAUGGAGAUAGAAGAACAACGACCUUCUGAUAAAAGUCUGAAAUUUGUGUUGGAUUUUGCUAAACAAACAGGGGACGUACGGAGUUUAUCUAACACUGAUUUAGCUGUGGUCGCUCUUACGUAUGAUUUGGAGAGUAGUUUAAACGGAACAGAGCAUCUGAGGAAAAGUCCUGUUACUACCAUCAAGGUUAACGAAGGGUUUGGAGAUGAUAAAAUAACCAACUUAGCUGGUUUCUACGUCCCAAAAUCCAUGGCCAGUUCAACCUCCUCCCGCACUACUUCCAUCAGCACAACAGCUAAACCGGACACAAUUGAACCUAUAAUCGAGGACGAUUCUGUCGAGGGUGAUUCUGUCGAGGGUGAUCUUACUGAUUGUCUGAACCAGUGCGAGCUGGAUGAGGGCUGGACGACUGUCCCUAAAAAGAAGAAUGAGGCUGAUGAUGGGGAGAUGGAAGAGUUUAUUUUACCUGACGAUAUACUGGUAUCUGCAGAUGAUGACAUAGAAUUAGAAGAUGAAGAAUACGAAUUUGACGAUAACGAUGACGACUGGAUAACACCCUCCAACAUAUCAGAGAAGAAAACAGAAUCUCUCCUCUCCAUAAAAGUGGGAUGUGCCACCACUGACUUUGCAAUGCAGAACUUGCUCCUUCAGAUCGGAUUACAUGUAGUCAGUGUGGAUGGCAUGCUUAUUAAAUACGCUAAAAUAUACGUCCUCAAAUGUACAGCUUGCUUCACAGUCGUUCAAGACUGCAGCAAUGUGUUCUGUACUAAGUGCGGUAACAAAACUCUAGAGAAAGUAGCAGUAACAGUAGACGAGGAUGGUAUCACGUGGUAUCAGAGAUUGAGCAGGAAACCCAGGACAGGGCGAGGUGUGAGGUUCUCUCUUCCUAAACCUCAGGGGGGAAGACAGGCGGCUAACAGUCCGUGGAUAACACCAGAUCAACCUGAUAAAGUUCACAAAAUGGCGAGUAAUUUUAAGAGCUCUGUUGAUGUGAUGAGCGGGGAUUUUGUUAAGUCGGGCAGUCCGUUCGGGACGACAAAUGUUGAUUCUAAAGCCUUCCAAUUCAAACAAAGUGCGGGGAGACGCUCAAAUCCUAACGAGAGGACGAAACGAACGGGAAAUAGGAAAAAGAAGAAGAGAUCAUGAAAUAUUUGAGCGAGUUUUUAAGUUUUAUCUUUUUCUGACCUUGUGACCGACAAUUUCUGACUAAAUUAUUACUGUGGGUAUUAUUAUUUGAGCCGUUACCUCUUUUAUUUUA